GUGAAGAAAAAGUGUCAACAUCACCUCUGCUGAUUUAUUUAUUGUUUUUAAUUAUUUAUACAUAUUUUGGACUUAAUUCGACAUACACUAAUGACCAAUUAAAUAGUUUCACCUACCCGCAGUUUGUCACAAAUUCCUUUCAGUAAAACUUUAAAAUACAUUUCACUUUCACAAUCUUAACCUCAAAGUGCUGUCAAAAUGGAUUCUCUUAAGCAAUCUAUGGCGGAGAUGACUGAAACCUUCAACACUCGGAUGGCAGGGUUCCAGAAAGAGAUUGAGAAGGCGGCUCCAAAUAAUCCCACAAUUGCUUCGGUGUCAGCGGAAUUCCGUUCUUUCAAAUUGUUCAUCAAGACCACUUUGGAGGCCAUGCAAAAACAAAUCCAACUCCUGAGUGUGCAACUGGACCAGCAGGAGAUGCGCUCCAGGCGGAAAAUGCUCUUGUUGCAUGGUGUGCCUGAGGCCGAGGAGGAAUCCACCUCGAGUCUUGUGGAACUUCUAAAUGGGCAUCUUGAGGAAAAGCUGACCAUUCAUGAUGUGAAGCGCUGUCAUCGGCUGGGUCAGGCCCGCAAAAAUAUAAUUAGGUGCAUCCUAGUUAAAUUCAGUGAUGUAUCUGUGCGAAACACUGUUUGGUUUGACAAGAAACGCUUGAAGGGCUCCGGGGUAACACUCUCAGAGUUUCUCACUAAGCCACGGCAUGAAGUUUUCAUGGCUGCACGGGAGCGCCUUGGUGUCCGCAGAUGCUGGACCCGCGAUGGAAACGUGUACGUGCUUGACGCGGCAGACAAGCGUCACUGCGUGACCUCUGUGGCUGAGGUGGAACAGUUCCCAGCGGCAGACACAGCCGGUGCUCAGGGGCCUUUGUCUUCGGGCGCCGGCGCUGCCCAGGAACAGUCCAGGAGGUCCAGGAGGCCGCCGAAGAAGUUUUGAUUGAACACUUUUCGUGAAAUAGUUCUGUUUAAUGUACGAUUGUUGUUAGUUUGCCUUCUGAAUUUAGUAGUGUAAUAAUCCGUGCGCAGAUUCUCGCUACCCACUUUAUACCUGUUCAAUUUAUCACUUUUUUCUUGAACUCUCGUGGGUUGUUCUCAUAUUUACAUCAGGUAAUUAUAUCUGUGACAUGACAGCUGUCAACAUCGUAACUUAACUUCGUAAGACUUUUUCUACGUUUGAUACGUUUCGUUUCACGCACCAUUUUAUUGUUUUGAAGUCAUGUACAUUGUAACUAAAUUGUCAAACUGUUUUACAUUUGUAAAUUUAUUUUAAUUAGUAAUUUUUAUAUUAAUUAACUGCUGGUGGAUAGUAGAUUUGGCGUAGUAUAUAGUUGGUAUUACCAACUAAUAUCGAUUUUAUUUAUACAUACAUAAUUAUUUUUAUUUUAUUUACUUAUUUAUGACUUUGGAUAGCGAUGCAUCUUCGGAUAACUUUUCUUCUUGUACAUCAGAUAACGACACCGAUAGUUUUUAUAGUCUCCCUCCCCCUCUUCGUGAUGUUCUUUUUAGACAACUUGAAGACGUCCCAAAAAAUUUUAAUAUUAUACAUAUUAAUGCGCAGAGCGUCCCAGCCCAUUAUAACGAUCUUUUAACCUCCUUCGAUUUAUCCGAAAUCCACGCUCUUCUUAUUUCGGAAUCCUGGUUCAAACCAUGCCUUACUUCGACUUCCUAUGCUUUGCCAGGAUUUCACUUGCUUCGUAAUGAUCGCAUAGGUCGAGGGGGCGGUGGUGUAGCCAUUUAUCUUCGAUCUCAUAUUGCCCACUCCAUCAUUUGCUCGUCUGUUUCAUCUUCCAAUGCCGCCGAGUACCUUUUUCUUGAGUUAAAUAUAUCUAACUCUAAAAUCCUUCUCGGGGUUUUUUAUUCUCCUUCUAUUCACAUCGACUAUUUUUCUUCCUUUGAAAAGGUACUCGAAGACCUUAUGCCUUCCUAUAAUCACCAUAUAAUUAUGGGCGAUUUUAACACCUGUCUUCUGAAAAACGAUUUCCGGUCUAAAUCUCUUAAGUCCCUGGUUGAUGCGUGUAAUCUUUCUAUUUUAUCUUCUGGUGCUACUCAUCAUUUUCCCAACUGUACACCCUCUCUUCUUGAUAUCA